UAUAUAGGUUAGAAAAUAUAUUAAAUACUUUUAAAUACUUUUUAAAUACCUUUAAAUUUACGAAUAUUACAUAUUUUUUAAAUAAAUUUUUAUUAGAAAUAUGUUCAAAUAUUCAUUAAAAAAAUUACUAAAAUAAUUAUAGUAAAAUAUGAAACCACGUAAAUCAUUUUAUCUUGAAUUUUAUCUAUUCGAUUUCAGAUAAUAGUAAUAAAAUUCUCAAAUACGAUAUACGUUAUUGUGAUAUUUCCCUAAUAACUAAUAAUCAUAUUAAUUUAUUUUCAUAUAACGAUUUUUACCAAUAAAACAUAAUGUUAUAAAAUUUUUUAAAUUGUAAUAAUAAUAUGACGUGGAAUCCUUUAAGGAAAAAUCAUUUAAUACAAAGACCUACACCUGCACCGCUUCUAUUAUCUCAUUCAGAAGACAGAGAAUUAGAUAUCGCAGUUCAAAAACUCAUUUGUAUCGAAGAUACAAUUAGAAAAUUAACAAAAGAAAUGAAAAAAUAUAUAGAAGCUGUAAUAAAUUUAGAUCGAGCGGAUCAAAGAUUAACAUUAAACUUAACAACUUGUGGUUUAGCACAUCUUAAUGAUGAAUUUAGAAAAGUUGUGGAAAAUUAUCAUUCUGUUACAACACAGAUUGGGAAAACCGUGCAAGAUAUGGCAAUUCUAUGUCAAAAAACUUUUAUAGAACCUUUAAAAAAAUUACGAGAUGAAUUCAUUUUAAUAGCUGCAGCUAUAACUAAACGUGAAGAAUUGGUAACUACUUGGAAAUAUUCUUAUAAUCGUGUCAAAAAAUUACAAGAGAAAAAAGAUAGAACUGCUAAUCAUAUCGCGAAAUUAGAAAGAGAACGUAGAGCUGAAGAAACAGCUGCUAAGGAAUUAAAAGCUGUACAUGCUCAAUUACUUGUAGAAUUACCUAUGUUUUUAGACAAAAGAUUAGAAUACAUCAAACCUAGCAUACAUGCUCUAAUCAUGAUACAAUUAGAUUACUAUGGAAGCACAACACACUUAUUCACACAUUUAAUGCCAAUACCAAAUGCUUCAGAAUCACCAUCUAGCGCUAUGAUACCUGAAAAUGAAUACCAACAAGCUAUGGCCAGCCAAAUAACUAGAAUAAGAGGUCUUACAAUUGUUAAAGACCAUUAAAAAUUAUAAGAAUUUUUCAAAUGAGUAUUUUACAAAAAUUACAAGAAUUUAAAUGUUAAAGGAAUCGAAUUCUAUAUUAUAUGUAUAUAUAUAUAUAUGUAUGUAUACAUAUAUAUAUAUAUAUAUAGGUACGAAUGUAUCAUUUGUAUUUAUUAUAUGGCAGUAUUUACAAUUUAAAUUAAAAUAUAAUUAUAUAAAAAUAUAAUUAAAUUUAUGAUGGAAUCAUUCCUUGAUUUCGUUUAUACUGAGCACCAGAACGACGAUUAUGAUUAGCAUAUUUUGCUUUUCUAACAUUUUUCUGCUGCCUGUUAUAUAAAACGUCUUUCUUUUGUCCAUGACCUUUAGGAUUACCUACAUAUAAAUAAAAGAUAUUAUUUUAAUAUUAUUAAUAAAUAUAAAUGAUUAUUUUAAUUUUAUUAAAUUAUAAACAAAUUAUACCAAUCACAUUUGGUGCAAUUCUACUAUCUCGCAUUUGUCUUCGUUGCUCUGCUUUAGCACGUAAUUCUUCUGGAUUUUGUACAAAGUCUUUCCCAUUUUGAUUAUUCCUUACAUCAUCGUCAUCAUCAUCAUCAUCAUCAUCUGAUAUUAAUUCGCUUACAGUUUCAACUUUUUGUCUGUCCCGAAGAAUCUAAAAUUAUUAUUUAUUUAUUGUUAUUAAUUUUUAUGUAAUUAAUUUAUAUAUAUAUAUUUAUAUAUAUAUUAUAUAUAUAAUUUAUAUAGUAUAUUAAUAUUAUUAGAAUAUAUAUGUAUAAAAUUAUAUAAAUACAAACUCUUGGUAUAGUAAAAGGCCUGUCUAUUUCAGUAGUAUCAUCUUGAGUAUUUCCGCGUACAUCACGAUUGUCAUAUGUAUCAUCAUACUCGUCAUCAUAAACAUCUGUGACAAGAUCAUAACUGUAAGAAAUUUCGUUUUAAUUAUAUUAAAUUCUUUAAAGUAAUAUAAUUUUAUAAAUGUUAUCGAAUAUAAUUAUGUUAUUUAUAAAUAAAUAUUUUUUUAUGGAUUAUAUAAAAUUCAUAAUAAUUAUCUUUGAUCCUUACUUUUUGAUUAUAUAAUCUUUAGAUAUAUUUAUAAUUUCUUGAGUUUUAAUAUCAUUAUUAUCAAAUUUAAUAUCAUUAUUAUCAUUACUAUCAUUAUUAUAAUUAUCAAACAUGUUCAAUGUUUCAAAAUUACAAUCUAAAUUUUGAUUAUUUAAAGUUUCCUAAAAGAAUAAGAUCAUGUAUUAUAUACAUUACUUAAUAUAUUAAUUUUUUUUUAUUUUUAUAAUCUAAUAAUAAAAUACUCUUACUGUGCAAGUUGGUGAAGCAGACAUUUGUGAAUGUCCUAAGUCUUUUAACUCUUUUAAUUCUGUGGGUAAAGAUUGUUCUAAAAUUGCAUUUAUUAAUUCUUCUGUAUUAUAAUUAUAAUACUUCAAACUUAUCUAUAAAAUCAAUCUCAUUAGAUAUAUUUUCAUAAUAAUUUUUUUAUAAUAAGACAAUUACCUCAAUGAAAUAUUCAUCUAAAUCAUGUAAUAUAUCUUUAACCUCACUAACAAGAGAAGCUAAUUCAACUAAAUUUUUUGUUAUAGGUUUUUGUUUCUUAUUUGAAGAAUUUAUAUUUUCAGAUAUGGCCAUUUGAUUUGAUAUACCACUAGGUCCAGCUACAGCUUCCUAUAAAAAAAAAAUAUUUUGUAAAAAUAUUAAUUAAAAUAUUUUAUAAAAAUUAUUAUAUAUUAUAUACUUACAUUUAUAUCAGAAAAAACAUUUAAUAAAUCAUUGGAUUUACCAGUAA